GUGUGUACCUACAGCAACUCUUCGGAAACACUUUUAAAUCUGGCUCCGCGCGUUUAUUUUUUUGUCUUUUUCUCUUUAUUUUUGCAUAUUUAGAAUGACCAAAGUUAUCCAUAUUGUUAUUGUCAAGUUUAAGCCUGAAGUAACGGAAGAAGUCAAGGAACGAGUAGGUAGCGAAAUCCGUGCCUUGAAAGACAAGAUUCCCGAAAUUAUUUCAGCAACGGCUGGUAAGAACUUUACAGACAGAUCCCAAGGAUUUGAAUAUGGUUGGAUUGUUGAGGUCAAGGACAAAAAUGGUCUCUCUGGAUAUAAUAAUCACCCUGCUCAUUUGGAGUUUGUCAGUAAGAACAAGCCCUUGAUUGCUGAUCUUAUUGCCUUUGAUUAUGAAGUAUAA